GUGUAUUCUCAGCGUACCAUGCUGUUUCUCAACAAUACCACAUCCCUCUCCCCAACCUUCUUCCUCAAUGCCUUUCCUGGUCUAGAAGGUGAUCAUGCAUGGCUCUCCAUACCUUUCUCUUGUCUCUAUGUCAUUGCUCUUUUGGGAAAUUGCCUGAUUCUUUUUGUGAUAAUCACUGAGAGGAGCCUCCACAAACCCAUGUACUAUUUUGUGUCUAUGCUGUCAACUGCUGAUCUAGGCUUAACGAUUACCACACUCCCCACUAUGCUUGGAGUCUUCUGGUUCGAUUUGCAAGAGAUCAGCUUCAAUGCUUGCAUGAUCCAGAUGUUCUUUCUACAUGGGUUCUCCUUUCUGGAGUCGUCUGUGCUUUUAGCCAUGGCCUUUGAUCGUUUUAUGGCCAUUUGUGACCCAUUAAAGUAUGCGGCAAUCCUCACUAAUUCCACCAUCAUGCUUAUUGGUCUGGUGAUUUUUAUGAAGCAAGUGGUCUCCUUAAUCCCAAUAGCUCUGGCUUUGAAGGGAUUGUCCUUCCACCAAGGGCAUGAGCUAUCCCACCCCUACUGCUACCACUCUGAUGUUAUCAAGCAUUCCACGGCCAACCCUUGGCUCAGUAGUCUGAUUGGCUUAUUUUUUCUACUCUCUAACUCUGGUGUUGACUUAAUUUUCAUCCUCCUCUCCUACAUCCUGAUCCUCCGCACAAUACUAAGCAUCACCUGCCCCAAGGAACGACGAAAGGCCUUCAGUACUUGUGUGUCCCAUAUUUGUGCUGUAGCCAUAUUUUUUGUGCCCAUGAUCAGUGUGUCACUUACACAUCGCCUCUUUGUCACUGCCCCACGGAUUUUUCCUGUCAUUAUGGCCAAUAUCUACCUGUUACUCCCUCCUGUCCUGAACCCCAUUAUUUACAGCUUAAAAACCAAACCAAUUUACCGAGCUAUUCUCAAGCUGCUCCAAACCAAAGAAGCCCUGAGAUGA